AUGUCCAGCCUCAAUCAAAUCGAUCCAAAUGAUUUUUCUGAUAAAGAAUUAAUUUAUAAAAAUAUCAAUAUGGAGAUUGUUAAAACGAAAUGGACAUCGUUAGAUUUAGAUGUGGUUAUUAAAAAAUUUUUAAAAAAUAAUAACGAAUUUCAAAAUGAAUUUAAUAUUAUCUCAAAAUUAAAGAUCCAACAUCCAAACAUCAUUACCUUUUAUGGAUGUUGUUCUGACAACCCUCUCAAUUUAGUUUUUGAAUAUGCAGACCAGGAAAAUCUAAGAGAAUAUCUAAAAGAUAAAUUUGAUUGCUUAACAUGGAAUGAUAAGCUUAAACUUUGUAAAGAUAUUACUAGUGUUGAGAACAAGCCCGAGUGGUAUACGGAUAUUUACGUUAGAUGUUGGGAUCAAUUACCAGA